UAUCUGAUUCCCUUUUUUACCAUCAGAGAUUGAUGUGGACGGUCGCCACCCAGACUUUACCCCUUUUUCCCCCGGCCUUUUCAGACCACCUUGUUGCCUUCCUAGUGUGACAACCUUAUUGUGUCAUUGCCUCCCUCCACCCAAGUCUCUUGUCACUAAUAUAUAGACUUUGCCCACAUAUACCAUCGACAGUUGGCCUUUCCUUAUCAAAUCAUCUCUCUGUUAUUUUAUACCGUGACCAUCAUGACCAUCCCUCAGGUUAAGCCCUCGGCUAUCGAGCAGGCCUUCCCUUAUAUCAACCAUGACCCUACCACCCUGCCACACUCCGUCGACCCCUUCACCAUCACCACUGGAUCAGGGUUCAUGCCCUACCAGGUAGCCCCUACCACACUGCCCGAAAUAUUCAAGCCUCUUACAGACCUCCUUGAACGCAUGCCUGUCCUCAAGCUCGACGGCACGCCGGGCCUGUUGGCCAAGUAUGAGCUUGGAGAAGCCGUCAAGGGGUUUCCGGACUUAACGGAUGAAAUUGACAAGGUACUUACCAAGGAUGGUAAAAAGGAUCUGUUCACCCUCACUGCCAUCUUCCGGGACUACUCCUAUGUUGCCUCGGCAUACAUCCUAGAGCCGUGCUGGGAGAACUGGUGUAAAGAUCCCGAUGCAGGCUAUGGAAUAGGCCGGGAGACUCUUCCUCAUGCUAUCGCCGGUCCUAUGUGGCGCUGUGCAGAGAUUUUGGACCUCCCACCUUUCUUGUCCUAUGCUGCCUCGUAUGCUCUCUUCAACUAUACUCUUGAAGACCCUUCUAAAGGCCACGAAUAUGAUAACUUGCGCCUCAUUAGAGGAUUUGAAAAUGGCCUAGACCCAAAGAGCUCCGAGGCUGGAUUUAUUUUAACCCAUAUCGACAUGGUCAAGUGGACAGCGCCGUUAAUCCAUGGCGCCGUCAAGGUCCUAGAUGGCGUCGAUUCUGGGAACCGUGAUUCUGUCAAUGAAGGCUUUCGGGAAAUCCUCAAGGCUAUGGAAGUUAUUGAAGCGUCUAUGGAAGAUAUGUGGAAAAACUCCAAGCCAGCGGACUACCUCACCUUCCGCGUCUUCAUCUUUGGCAUCACAUCUCAAUCUAUGUUCCCCAACGGCGUCGUCUAUGAAGGAAUCAACGAUAACCAACCCAUGUACUUCCGGGGAGAAAGCGGCGCCAAUGAUGCCAUCAUCCCACUUCUAGACCACCUGCUACAGAUCCCCAUGCCUGAAACGCCGCUCACUAAGAUCUUGCACGAGUUCCGCGCCUAUCGUCCACGCCCUCACCGCGAAUUUCUCGCAUACGUUGCCAGCACGACCGAAAAGCUCAGCGUUCGCGACUUUUCCGUGCAGGAUGAAGAAACCGCAAUUCUUUAUUUGAAGACCCUUGACCACGUCCGCAGUUUCCGCUGGCGCCACUGGCUGUUUGCCCGCGAGUAUAUUAUUCGCCGGACUUCUCAUCCUACUGCGACAGGCGGUAGUCCGAUUGUCACUUGGCUACCGAAUCAGCUCUCGGCAGUCAUGGAUGUCAUGAUCGAUACAUAUGAGCGCCAUGUCAAAGAUAAGGCUACUUCGGUCCCCGCUAUUGAUGGGCCGAUACCAACCGGCGAGCCGGACUUUGUUGCUACGUAUAAGAAACAAAUCGUCCCCAUGAUGGAGCAGGUUCACGACCAGCGCGAAAAGCUGGCUCGUGAGGUAGAGCGAUGGUGCCAGGAGAGAGGUGUCUAGUCAUUUGUUGAUUUGUCCUGUCUGUGUUGCAUUGUUGGAAAGAAAUCGGGCUUUUUCCAAUCACGGCUUAUUCUUUCCAUUUUCUUUUUAUUUUCUCUCUCUCUCUCUCUCUUGAGAUUCGGAGGUAACUUUCGAGUAUUUAGCGACAUUAGAAUCUGAUAGGGGUUAUCAAAAUAUCAAUUGAUCGAUUGUUCAAGGUGGUAGAUACCCCAGUCGUGAUCAGGUAUCAUGUAUGGUCAUGGUAGGAUUUGUUUUAUUGCAUUUUAUAAGAG